AUGUUUCCUCUCAACCAGCUAUUCUCCGCUUUUUCUUUCUUCGGUGUUGUCUUUGCUGGGGUACCAUUAAUUUGGCAUCUUCAAGCAUGGAAUGCCGGGACGUGUAUGUACAUGAUCUGGACAAGCCUCGGAUGUGUUGUCGGGUUCGUCGACUCCAUUGCCUGGAACGAAGAUGCCUCGGACAAAGCCCCCGCGUGGUGUGACUUUGCCGCUCGUUUCUUGGUUGCUGGCAGCGUCGGGAUCCCUGCUUCGGCAUUUUGUAUGAGCCGGAGGCUCUACUACCUCACCACGAGUCGCGAUGCUUUAAGGUCGAGUGCGCAGCGGCAACGCGACUUGGCAGUCGAUAUGUCGAUCACCCUCCUUAUUCCUCUGGCAGUCGCGGCAGCGGGUGGGUUUAUCGCUUCGAGCUAA